AUGAACCGCAUCAUGAUAUCAGAUGAUUUUUACACGGGUGGUCUAUUAAUAUUGAUUGUGGUGACGAGUCAAGUCUACUUAUCAGAGCUAGAACACCUGGGAAUAAACGUGAAAGCCAAAAACUUCUUGGUGUUCCAAGGAGCAGUGGAAUCGAUCGCUAUGAAGAACCCGAAAGAGCGUACCGCUCUCUUCGAAGAAAUAAGUAAUUCCGGUGCCUUGAAAGCUGAGUACGAACGACUGCGUUCGGAGAUGCUCCGCGCUGAAGAAGAGACUCAGUUUUCCUACCAGAAAAAGAAGGGAAUCGCUGCUGAGCGUAAGGAAGCCAAGCUCGAAAAAGAGGAGGCCGAGAAAUACCAGCGUCUCAAGGAAGAAUACGUCGAGAAACAGAUUGAGCUCCAGUUAUUCCGACUUUACCACAAUGAAAGAGACAUUGAGGACCUGGAGAACACUCAGAAAAAACGACAGCACGACCUGGAUAAAAUCGAGAAGAAAAAAGAGAAAGCUGAGGAAGUCCUCAAGGACCGCAAAAAAGAACUCGGUAAAUUGACCCGUGAGCUUGCGAAAAUAGAGCAAGACAUCCGGGAAGUCGAAGUCGAGAUCACUAAAAAACGGCCUACCUUCAUCAAGGCCAAAGAGCGCGUUGCUCACAUGCAGAAGAAAGUUGAAUCUGCUCACAAGUCUCUUCAGCAAGCUCGAGCUGCUGACGAGGCCCACAAAAAAGAUAUUGCCGAGCUCCAGGAAGAGCUGAGACAGGUAGAAGAAGCCAAAGCCGCCUACGAAGCUUCCAUCGCUGGACAGUCUCAACAGCAAGGUCGUGAUGUUCAGCUGGAAGACGAGCAAGUCAGUGAGUACAACCGAUUGAAGGAGGAAGCCGGGAAACAGUCUGCCAGGUAUCUCCAGAUGCUGGACUCGAUAAACCGAGAACAAAAGUCCGACCAAGAUCGUCUAGACAACGAGAGUCGCAAGCGCACAGAAAUAGAAAAUAAGUUCAAGCAGAAAGGGCAUAUCCGAGACGAUCAGCUGAAGCGCGUCGAGAAACUCGAGGAACAUAUCAAGACUUCGGAAGCGGCGCUUGAGGAACAAAAGAAACUUCGCGCAGAUCUUCAGAAUGAUGUCGGUUCUUCAAAAGACACUGUUCAGCGUCUUCAAAGAGAACUUGAGAAUAUUUCCGAGCAGCUUGGAGACGCCAAAGUAGACAAGCACGAAGUCGCGAGGACUAAAAAAAAGACGGAAAUUGUUGAGAAUUUCAAACGACUCUUCCCGGGAGUUUACGACAGAAUGUAUAACAUGUGUGAGCCAAUUCACAAACGGUAUAAUGUUGCAGUUACUAAGGUUUUGGGCAAGUAUAUGGAAGCCAUCGUUGUUGAUACGGAGAAAACAGCGAGGUCGUGUAUUCAGUAUCUUAAGGAACAGUAUCUUGAACCAGAGACUUUCUUACCGCUUGAUUACAUCCAGGCAAAGCCGCUGAAGGAACGUCUAAGGAACAUCAAGGAACCGAAGAACGUAAAGUUAUUGUACGAUGUUCUCCAUUUCUCACCCAAGGAUAUCGACCGAGCGGUUCUGUUUGCAACUAACAACGCUUUGGUCUGUGAAACGCCAGAGGACGCCAACAAGGUCGCCUAUGAACUGGACAAAAAGACCAGGUACGACUGUGUAGCGUUAGAUGGAACCUUCUACCAGAAGGCUGGAAUUAUUUCUGGUGGUAGUUUGGAUCUGGCCAAAAAAGCCAAACGUUGGGACGAGAAGCAGAUGGCUCAGCUUAAAGCUCAGAAAGAGAAACUUACUGAGGAACUGAGGGAGUGUUUGAAGAAGUCGAGGAAAGAGUCUGAGCUAAAUACGAUAGAGUCUCAGAUCAGGGGUUUGGAAACUAGAUUGAAGUACAACAAGAGCGAUUUAUUGGGAACCAAAAAGCAGAUUGCAGAUUGUGAUAAUGAAGUGAAGGAGCUACAAUCUGAGUUAGAUCAGUUUGAGCCGACAAUUGCAGUUAUUGAGAAGACGAUGGCUGCCAGGGACCAAGAGAUCCAGAAUAUUAAAGAGAAGAUGAAUACUGUUGAGGAUGAUGUCUUCACAAGCUUCUGCGAGCAAAUCGGAGUAAGUAACAUCAGGCAGUACGAAGAAAGGGAGUUGAGGUCGCAGCAAGAAAGAGCCAAGAAGCGAAUGGAGUUUGACAAUCAGUGCAAUCGGAUCCAGAACCAGCUGGACUUUGAAAAGCAGAGAGAUACUGAGAGCAAUGUUCUGAGAUGGGAACGUGCUGUUCAGGAUGCUGAAGAUAAGUUGGAAUCCGCUAAACAGACUGAAGCUAACCAGAAGUCAGAGAUUGACAAUGAUGAGACGCAGAUGGAGAAGCUUAAGAGCCAGAGAAAUACUAAGAAAAUGGAGGUUGAUGCUAAAGAAGAGGAGAUUGGUAAAUGUCGUAGGGACGUUGGAGCUAUUGCUAAAGAUUUACAGGGAGUUCAAAAGCAGCUGAAUAAUAUUGAGACGAAGAUAGAGCAGCGCAGAGCUGACAGACAUGCUAUUCUGAUGCACUGCAAAAUGGAGGACAUCGCAGUACCGAUGAUCCGUGGGAACAUGGAGGAUAUUGCGGGAGACGCAAACAAUGAUACGAAUAAUGAAACUUUGAGCACGCAGCAGCAGUACGAGCGUGAGAGCAGGAUUACAAUUGACUAUGGAACGUUGCCGGAUAAUUUGAAGGAAAUAGAAGAUGAUGAGUUCAAGAAGACGAUGGACAAGAUCAACAAGGCGAUUAAUGACUUGCAGAAUAAUAUUCAGAGAAUCCAGGCGCCCAAUAUGAAGGCGAUACAGAAGCUGUAUCUGGCGAAGGAGAAGCUCCAGGAGACUAAUGAAGAGUUUGAACAGUCGAGGAAGAAGGCCAAAAAGGCAAAAACGCUGUUUGAGAAAGUCAAAAAGGAGAGACACGAUAAGUUCAUGGCGUGUUUCGAACAUGUUGCCAAUGAGAUCGAUCCUAUUUACAAAAGCUUGGCGAAAAAUCAGUCUGCGCAAGCGUUUCUUAGUCCGGAGAAUCCUGAAGAGCCUUACUUGGAUGGUAUUAAUUACAACUGCGUCGCUCCGGGAAAGAGGUUCCAACCUAUGUCGAAUCUCUCUGGAGGAGAGAAAACUGUUGCGGCUCUGGCGCUGCUUUUUGCUAUUCAUAGUUUCCAGCCAGCGCCAUUUUUUGUUCUUGACGAGAUAGACGCCGCGUUGGAUAACACCAAUAUUGGGAAGGUAGCGAGCUACAUCAGAGACAAGACUAGUUCGUUGCAGACAAUCGUUAUUUCGCUUAAAGAAGAGUUCUACUGUCACGCAGACGCCCUGAUUGGGAUCUGUCCAGAGGUCGGAAGCUGUCUUGAAAGCAAAGUACUAACGUUAGAUCUAACAACUUUUCCUAUGAAUGUUAAUUAA